UUAUUCCGCAAGAGGUGCUGGGUGCAGAGUUUUUAUCGUGGAGUUCUGGAACGCGUGUUGAUUUGGAGGAGCUUGUUAUUCUGACCAAAAUGACUUUCCGGGAGCGAUUGCUGAAGAAAAAGAUCCGUCGUCGGGAGCAGAAGUACAAGGAGUUUAGGAAGAACCAGAAAAAUGAUGUCGAGGAUAGUGAAGAAGAGAUUCACCAGGAGGAAGAGACCACGCCGAAAGUGAAGAAAUCCAAGAAGAAGCAGUCUACGAUGAAUUUCCAAGAGGAAGAAGUUCAUGUCGAGGAAAAAGUUGAAAAGCAAGGAAAAAAGAAAAGGAAGCAGAAGGCGGAAGCAGAGGAGAGUAAAGAUGAAUCUUCAGAUGAGAAGCAUGUGAAGAAGAAGCAAAAGAAGCAGAAAAUCGAGAAGGAGGCAUUAUCUGAUGAAGAACCCGAACAGAAUGACGACAAAGGAGAGUCCAGCACUUCUCAGAUUGUUCUGGAAGACACAAAUUUCACCUCGCUGGAGAAGCACGUUUCUGAGGGCACUUUGAGAGCUGUCGCAGACAUGGGAUUCACGACGAUGACAGAGAUCCAGGCGAAAUCCAUUCCUCCACUGCUCCUGGGGCGUCACCUAAUCGGAUCGGCCAAGACGGGAUCGGGAAAGACACUCGCCUUCCUUAUUCCCGUGGUGGAGCUCAUGCACAAAUUGAACUUCAAGCCGAGAAAUGGCACCGGAGCCGUUAUAAUCUCGCCAACACGAGAGCUGUGCAUGCAGAUUUUUGGCGUUCUCACGGAACUCAUGGCGAAUCACACCCAGACGUAUGGUCUGAUAAUGGGAGGCGCCAAUAGGAAGGUGGAAGCUGAGAAGCUCUCCAUGGGAAUCAACAUAAUUGUGGCCACGCCAGGAAGACUCUUGGAUCAUUUACAGAACACUCCGGAUUUCCUGUACAAGAACCUCUCAUGCUUGGUCAUUGACGAGGUGGACAGAAUCCUGGAGAUUGGCUUUGAGGUGGAGCUCAAGCAGAUCAUUUCGAUGCUGCCGAAGCAUCGUCAGACGAUGCUGUUCUCAGCCACACAAACAGAGAAGACGGACGCACUGUACAAGCUGGCCCUCAAGGGGAAUCCCGUGUACGUGGGUGUGGACGAUGAGAAGGAGAUGGCCACGGUGUCUGGCCUCAAUCAGGGCUACGUGGUGUGUCCCUCGGAGAAGCGCUUCCUCAUGCUCUUCACGUUCCUCAAGAAGAAUCGCAAGAAGAAGGUGAUGGUGUUCUUCAGCUCAUGCAUGUCCGUGAGAUUCCAUCACGAUCUCUUCAACUACAUCGAUUUGCCGGUGAGCUGUAUUCACGGGAAGCAGAAGCAGGCGAAGCGGACAUCAACAUUCUUCCAGUUCUGCAAUGCUGAGCAGGGAACGCUGCUGUGCACAAAUGUGGCUGCACGAGGACUGGAUAUUCCCGCGGUGGAUUGGAUUGUGCAGUACGAUCCGCCAGAUGAUCCCAAGGAGUACAUUCAUCGUGUGGGGCGGACGGCACGUGGAAUGGGUGGAUCUGGUCAUGCGGUGCUGCUGCUGCGACCGGAGGAGAUGGACUUCCUGAACUACCUGAAGGAGGCCAAAGUGCCGCUGAAUGAGUUCGACUUUGCCUGGAAUAAGAUAGCCGAUGUGCAACUUCAGCUGGAACAUCUGAUGGGGAAGAAUUAUCAUCUGAACCAGGCGGGAAAGGAGGCAUUCAAGGCGUACGUGAGGGCCUACGAUGCUCACCAAUUGAAGACGGUGUUUGAUGUCUCAACGUUGGACCUGAAAGGUGUUGCCAAGAGUUUUGGUUUCCUAACACCGCCUUUUGUGGACUUGAACAUCACCACGAAGAGACAGAGACCCGAGAAGAGGACUGGAGGUGGUGGCUACGGUGCUCUGAAGGCAAUGAAUGCCAGCAAGAAGACGCAGAAGAAGGUGUACAAAGUGGCUGAUCAGUUCACGAGAGGAUGAUGAUGGGGAAAUGAUCCUCUGAGGGAGAGACGAUGAAAUAAAUUCAUCUAUUUAUAA